GCACUUGAACCAUUGUCAACCAAGCCUAUUCCGGGCGAUUGGAACGGUGCAGGUGCUCACACAAACUACAGCACCAAGUCGAUGAGGGAAGAUGGAGGCUAUGAAGUCAUUUUGAAGGCUAUUGAGAAGCUUGGCCUGAAGCACAAAGAGCACAUUGCUGCAUAUGGUGAAGGCAAUGAGCGUCGUCUCACUGGAAAGCACGAAACAGCCAACAUCAGCACCUUCAAAUGGGGGGUUGCCAACCGCGGUGCAUCUGUCCGUGUAGGAAGGGACACAGAGAAGGCUGGCAAGGGAUAUUUUGAGGACAGAAGGCCGGCUUCAAAUAUGGAUCCAUACGUCGUUACUGCCAUGAUCGCGGACACUACCAUCAUCUGCAAACCUUGAAGCUUUUUAGUAUGAAUUGCUUGUUUCUGGUUUUGCUCAAUUUGGGAUAGAAAAGGAUUGAUUUAUGAAA